GUUAUGCUAGAAUUUGUCGGAUCACGUAGCAAAAUGUAUGCUAUUCGGGUGCAAAAUAAAAAAGAGACUAAACGAUCCAAGGGUCUCAAGAAGUCAGCUAUCCGAAAACUUACUUUUGAGGACUAUAAGCGGUGUUUGCUUGAGAACCGUAACUUUUACCGUGUUCAGCAAAGCAUUAAAUCCAAGCGACACCGCUUACAUACCAUCAAACAGCAGAAAGUGGGCUUAUCACCAUACGAUCAAAAACGAUACAUUACUCACAAUUCAUGUGAAACAAAACCAUGGGGUCACUAUAGCAUUAUUUGUUCAGUAAAUGUGUCCUGCUGUUGUUGUUGUGAUGAUCCUCAAAGUGGUUCGGUAUUGUGAUAGGCGUACCAACAAUUGAUAGAGUAGUGCGC